AUGGCCUUGAGAAAAGGCAUUGUUACAAUAGCAUUGAUGGUGAUUUUUAAGAUUCAAAUAUGCAUAUCAGAAUUCAACAGGCAAAGCUUUCCAAAGGGUUUUGUUUUUGGCACCGGUUCUUCAUCUUUUCAGUACGAAGGGGCACUAAAAGAAGACGGAAGGGGUCCUUCUGUGUGGGAUACUUUUUCACAUUCAAAUGGCAAGAUACUUGAUAACAGCACUGCUGAUGUUGCAGUGGAUCAAUAUCAUCGAUUUGAAGAAGACAUACGAUUCAUUAAGGACAUGGGAAUGGAUGCCUAUAGGUUUUCGAUUUCUUGGUCUCGGAUCUUCCCAAAUGGAUCUGGGGAGGUCAAUCAGGCAGGAAUUGAUCACUACAAUAAACUCAUUAAUGCUUUAUUGGCCAAAGGGAUAGAACCAUAUGUGACUCUUUACCACUGGGACCUACCUCAAGCCUUGGAAGACAAGUACAAAGGAUGGCUUAGCCCUUUAAUCAUAAAAGACUUUAGAACAUAUGCUGAGAUAUGCUUUCAGAAAUUUGGAGACAGGGUGAAGCACUGGAUCACUUUCAAUGAGCCUCAUACAUUUGCCAUGCAAGGGUAUGAUCUUGGACUCCAGGCCCCUGGACGGUGCUCCAUUCUCCUUAACCAAUGUAGGACUGGGAACUCUUCUACUGAACCUUAUAUUGUGGCUCAUAAUGUCCUUCUUUCCCAUGCUAUAGUAACAGAUAUUUACAGAAAAAACUACAACAAAAUACAGGGUGGAUCUAUUGGGAUAUCUUUGGAUGUCAUUUGGUUUGAGUCAGCAACGAAUUCCAAAGAAGAUAUUGAGGCAACUCAAAGAGCCUUAGACUUUCAACUUGGCUGGUUUCUCGACCCAUUGGUUUUUGGAGAUUAUCCAACCUCUAUGAGAAGUAGAGAAGGGAGCAGGUUGCCAAAAUUUUCUAAUUCUCAAGCUAGCCUUCUUAAGGGCUCAUUUGAUUUUGUGGGCAUCAAUCAUUACACUACAUUUUAUGCAAUGCACAAUGCUUCAAAUUUACUUGGGGUUGUACUACAUGAUGACUACAUUGCAGACUCCGGUGCCCUUACUCUUCCAUUCAAUGGUACCAAAGUUAUUGGAGAAAGGGCAAAUUCAGUAUGGUUGUACAUAGUACCACAAGGGAUGAGAAGCACAAUGAAUUACAUCAAACAGAAGUACAGGAAUCCUUUGGUCAUUGUCACUGAAAAUGGGAUGGAUGAUCCAAAUGAUCCAUUUAUCCCCAUCAAAGAUGCUCUUAAGGAUGAAAAAAGGAUUAGAUACCACAAUGACUAUUUAAUUAACUUACUAGCUUCUAUCAUUAAAGAUGGAUGCAAUGUAAAGGGCUAUUUUGUGUGGUCAUUACUGGAUAAUUGGGAGUGGCAAGCUGGAUACACUUCUAGAUUUGGUUUGUAUUUCAUUGAUUACAAAGACAAUCUGAGAAGAUACCCAAAGCAGUCUGUUGAAUGGUUCAAGAAAUUCUUGAUAUCAAUUAAAUAG